GGUCACCCUAUUCAGUUUGAACAGAGUUUGGGUAUUUAAGGAACCUGUUCAAACACAACUUCACAAUUGAAAGCUGCUGAUUUCAACAUGGUAUCGAUCAGUGAAUUGAUCUGCAUUUGCUAUUUUGUAUUCGGCCUAUCUUUUGGUCAGGUGGUACAGAUCACCACACCUGUGGACGUUGGUGAAAAGGGUAAUUGUACUUGUGGAGGAUUUCCUUCAUCCACGAUAGAUGGGACAACUGAGCCGCUUCUUUCUCAAGCUCCGGGUAUUGGGGUUAAGUGCGAUGAUUCCGGCGAUGGUAUCUGCAAGAGUCUUUGUGUUGCAUUAGCGACCGCUGCAGAAGCUAGAGGACCCGAAAUUUUGUGUGCGAGACUCAAGGAGGCUAAUGAGUUGCAGUUGUCAGCAUUUUAUAAGAUAUGCGAUAGGCCGUGGACCUACGCCGGUAUUUCGGCAAAAGGAGCCCUCUGCUGUGAGAACGGAAAUGUCAAAGUUUGUCCUUCCGUUGAAAAUUUUACCGCUUCCCCUGACAAGAAGCCGGAGUGAUUUGAAUACAAUAUAUUAAAAGAUUUAUGUACUGAAUUUCCAUUAAAUCAAUGUAUUUAAUU